AUGUCUACUCCUUCAGCAAUGAAAAAAUCACGAAAACCGAAAACGAACUGCCAGAGAACAUUUACCGCUUGUUGGACAUGUCGUCGAAGAAAUGUUCGAUGCGACAAUGCGGUACCACAUUGCUCGCAGUGUGAGCGAAUGCGAGUUCCUUGCGAAGGCUACGAGAUUCGUCUUGUCUGGGUCGAUACUGCAACCGGAGCUUACGUUCCCCAGCAAAGGCGGGCUUAUCCGUGCGAGUUGACGUGGAAAGGCUAUCCGGAUUGGACGCUGAAACAAGUUGGGCAUCUGAUUGAUGAUUGUGAGCUGAGAGAGUGUCGUUGCAAGAUACAACACAAACUCAACCCGUUUUACACCUUCCUGCAAAAUGAAGGCGCCGAGGUGGACUCUGAUAAUGGGACGAGACUAUCGGAGCUUCCUUCGGGGGAUCAGCUAUACGAGGAAUCUGCCCGUGAUUCCUGUGGUUCUCCAACAAGCGAAGUCAAUUGCCUUAUCAGCGAACGAGACGCUGCCGUCAGCGUUGUUCACAGUGUUGCAACUUCACCUAUUGAUCGGAAUUCUCUGCUCAGUGGAAAAUACGAGACGACUCUCGACAACGGGGACAUAGAACGGAAUCCUUGCUCGAGGGAAACAGCAUUGUCAGUGUCAAUCUCCCGAAAUCCAUCGCAGUCUUUCACGCCGCAUGGAUUUGAAGAGGAAAAUUUUCUGUUUUCGCACUAUGUUUCUCAACUUCCCGGAAAGAUGAUGCCGAUUGACGAUGGCCGUAAUCCAUGGAGGUCAACCUAUCCUUCUAUUGCGGUGCUUGGUGCACAAACAAGUAGCACUGAGGCGUUGUACUAUGCUAUUUUGGCCCAAUCUGCGUACAGCAUAUCAAACCUAAAAGGCCCCAAACGAGGAAAGAAUGAGAAAGCAAUUGCUAUGCGAUUUUCUGGAAAAGCCAUUCAGGAACUCAGGCGGAGCCUGGAAUCCCCAGAGAAAGAGUACUCUAGCGUUCUUGCGGCUUUACUUUCUAUCAUGCUAGCUGAGCAUGUGUUCAAUCACAAUUCUCACGGCUGGCGGAGGCACAUUCGAGGCGCUGUCGGGUUUGUGAGUCAGUAUGUAACUCAGAAACCGUGGAUGUUGUCGCAUGAUGCAUGGAUUAUCACUCAGAACUUUGUGCUGGCUAUUGUCUUGUCGCAAACGGUCUGCAGUGGUACUAUAAACUCACCAGACUACAUUAAGGACAUAGAUGGCAUGGUUGACGAUGUCAUAUCACAACCUAGUUUUGGUUAUACUAUGGGUGGGAAUACGCGUCUGCUUGGGAUGAUUUAUCAGGCUCGCCAAAUCGAUGUACAGUUAGCCAACAUGGGAUAUAAGCCGGGAAUUCAAGGGAUGAAGGAGGAUAUUCUCGUGCAAGUCGAGGAAAUGUUCAGUCAACUUGAAAAGCCGCUUGAUGACGAUGUGGAACUGUACAUGGAACAGCAAGCAUCUAAUUCAGCCCGGACUCGGCAGCUAGUCGAGGUUCAUUUGAAUCUCUUUCAUGGCGGUGUCAUGAUAUACUUCCUGUGCACAGUUUUGCAAAACCCUCCUUCUACAGUUGCUAGGCAGGUCUCAGAAGUCCUUAACAAUACCAUGACUUUUGUCGACACCCACAGUAAAUACGUAUCUGUGUGGCCGGUUUUUAUGGCAAUGGUCGAGGCUUACACGCUCGAAUCACUUGAACUGGCGAAUCGAUACCUUGCAUCCAGCAAUGAAGUUUCAGGGAAUCGAAAGGACAUCGACCGUGUAGUCCGUCAAGUUUGGGCGGAUCGCGAAGAAUUAGCGAGCGCACGACAGUGCAAUUUGGGGGAGAUCUUUGUUGACUGGCGGGACGUUAUGAAGAAACUGAACCUGGACAUUCUGCUCUUGUGA